GAGUGUUGGAUAUAAACCCUCCUCUGCAAUUUGCAUGGGAUUUUAAAAUGGCUUUUGAGGAACCAUGCUUUAGAUUCUAGAAGAAAAGCAGGAAAGAGGAGGAAAUGGAUGUGUGCCUAUAUAUUCAAUGUUUUUUACAGGUAAAGGGACCCAAUAGAUCUCGAUCAUCUCCUCGAUUCAGAUCUUGGUUAUUUGUAGUAUAAUCUUGCAGAUAUCCCUUGUUGGUCAAUGGGGUUUCCAGUUUCCUGCCCACUUUCUGACUUUGAUGAUUUGGAUAGUCAUUGUGGAGCUGUUCUUGUAAGUCCAGUUAGUCUUAGGAAAGAAGAAGAGAGGAAGCCCUUGCGGUCAUUAAGCUCCAAUAGCCCUGAUUCAGAACCAACCACCACAAAUGGUUCAGGAAAGAUGAAUAUUGAAGGAUCACUUAGCUUUAAAGGGAAGGAGUCAAACACCAAGCCCUUAACAAAGACAUGUUCGGAUGAUAUGGAAAACAAUGCGUCUACCAGAGCAGAAAGCGAUGCUGGAGACCCGUUGCAGACAUCAGAAAACCAGUCCCAGGAGCCAGGAAAACACAGAUACCAGGCUGCAUUGAAGUUGCAGAAAGUGUAUAAAAGUUUCCGCACGAGAAGACAGCUAGCAGAUUGUGCAAUUCUUGUUGAGCAAAGAUGGUGGAAGGCACUCGAUUUCGCUGAGCUCAAACGGAGCUCAAUAUCAUUUUUUGACAUUCAGAAACCUGAGACAGCUGUUUCUCGCUGGUCUAGGGCAAGAACCAGAGCUGCCAAGGUGGGAAAAGGUUUGUCUAAGGAUAAAAAGGCCCGUAAACUUGCUUUGCAGCAUUGGCUUGAGGCAAUUGAUCCUCGACAUCGCUAUGGCCAUAAUCUUCACUUUUAUUAUGCGAAAUGGCUCCAUUGUGAGAGUACACAGCCCUUCUUCUAUUGGCUUGACAUAGGAGAUGGAAGAGAAGUCAACCAUGAAGUGUGUCCUCGGUCAAAGCUUCAAGCACAAUGCAUCAAGUAUCUUGGCCCAAUAGAAAGAGAGGCUUAUGAAGUUGUAAUGCAAGAUGGGAAGUUCAUUUACAAGCAGAGUGGAAAUCUUCUUGAUACAACAGAAGCCAGAGAUGCUAAGUGGAUAUUUGUCCUUAGCACAUCCAAGACCUUGUAUAUUGGACAGAAGAGCAAAGGUACGUUUCAACAUUCAAGCUUCUUGGCGGGUGGAGCCACACUCUCUGCUGGAAGAUUAGUGGUGGAACAGGGAAUUCUUAAGUCAGUUUGGCCUCAUAGUGGCCAUUAUCUCCCAACAGAGGAAAAUUUUCAGGAAUUCAUGUUGUUCCUUAUUGAUCACAACGUAGAUCUCACAAAUGUUAAGAGAACUCCAGCUGAUGAUGAAGAAGGAGGCCUCAGCAAAAAGAGCAGCAACAUUGGAAUUCGAAACAGUCCCAAAAAACCAAAUCCAUCUAAAGAUACUGGAACAACAAAUGCUGAAGGCUCAGGGCAAGAUAGCACUGAUCCAAGCAAUGAGGACUCUAACUCUGUAGAAAAUGCUAAUCCUAUUCUGUCAAGAUUGCCUGAAAGAUUCUGCUCAAAGAUAGCCAAACUUGAAAUACCACAAAGAAAUGAUGCGUUUGACAUUCUCAAGGAGGGAAUACCAAUAACUUGUCGCGAAUAUUUUCCAGAUUCUGCUUCCGACGAUGGUUAUGAAACAGCUGAAGAAUCACUCUUAACAGAGGAAGAUUUCAUGAUCCCUAAACUAAACUUGUUUGAAGAUGAUGAAUUUGAAGAAGACGAAAAGCCAGUGCCAAAAGAGAAAAUCAUGCAAAGGAUUGAUUCACAUAAAGGAAUGAAGUCAUAUCAGUUGGCUCAGCAAUUAACCAGUAGGUGGACAACAGGAGCUGGACCGCGGAUUGGUUGCAUGAGGGACUAUCCUUCGGAGCUUCAGUUCCGAGUUUUAGAGCAAGCCAACUUGUCUCCAAGAAGAACUGGAAGAAGUCCCCGGCCCUUGCUUCCAUCUCCUUUAUGUACAGAGAGAACUGCAGGGAAAAGUCCCCUUGGCCCUCAGAAGAGCAAGCGACACAACACCAUAGGCUGACUUCUACAUAUUAAGAUCAAAGGAUAAUCUGUAGCAAUUAUUUCAUGUUUUGAUAGAGAAGAUGAUAUAGGAAUUGUUUUUGCAUUCUUUUAGAACUUUUUUUGUAGAGUUUGGACUCAACAGCUCUUCAGAAAGAGAUCUUUUACAGCGCUUAAGUGCUUCUUCUUACGCUGUCCUGACCCUUUGAUUUAGAUUCAUGUGUUCCAUACCGAAAGAAACGUAGUCAUGUCACAGGCAAAGAAUAUGCAGAAGCUUGUUAACAUGGCUUUGCAGAUGCAAACUUACAGAACCCUACAUGUUUUUUUUCUUUAA